AUGAUGGAUGAGAAGCCGUUUAGCGUUUGGGAUAUGCCAACAAUUGAUGAGCAAAAGAAAUCUAAAAGUGAUAGUAACGAUGAAGAUGAACGAAAACGAAACAGACGCAAGCGACGUUCAGCAGCUUUUUACAAAUGUUGUUGUCCAUGUUCAACUGCUGUUUUGAUUGGCUUUGUGAUUGGAUCGUUGCUUGCUGGAAUCAUUCUUGCUAUAUUUCUCUCAAUCUAUUUGGUUGAUUUAAGUAAAACAAAAAGCCUUUCAACUAAUAUUACUACAGCGACUACUAGUACGACAAUAACUGCAACAUCAUCAACAAUAACAACAACUUCAGUGACAACAACAAGUACAACUUCGGCAACUGCUUCAACAACAACAUCGAUGACGACAGUAACUGCAACUACAAUUACAUCCACGACUAGCACUUCGACUACAACUACUGCACCUUAUUGUACCACACGCGUCACAUUUGAUGAUAUUCCUGGUCAAGCAAGUACUUCUGGUGUAGUUCCAAAUGGAUACAAAAAUCUCAAUUGGACAAAUGUCUCGUAUCUCAAUACAUCAACAAUGCCAACAAGUGGUUAUCAGACUGUUGCAACUUCUCUACCAUUCAUUGGUUAUAAUCCAGGAGGUGCAACAGUUGCAAUAACGACAGCUAAUGGUACAAGAUUUGCUUUUAAUUCAGUGGUUGUUUCAUCUGCUUGGCGAGAUAAUCUUAUCUGGUUCAUAUAUGGUUUUCGUGCUGGCACUAAUUUGGUAGCUGCUAGCUUUUCAAUGCCAGUAAUGAAUAGGACAACAAUCUCAUGUGGUGCAUGUUCUAACUGGGAUACGAUUUAUUUCACAUCCUCAGGCGGAACACCACAUGCUGGACUGGCUGAAAACGGAACAGAGUUUGGUUUUGAUAACUUGUGCAUUUCAUUUGGGUACUAA